AUGUCGCUAUACACCUUCUCGAGUGGUGCGUACCCGGGUGCUUUUGUCGGCGCGAUGUCCGGGAGCGGUGUCGUUGAAGGACCAGCAAUUGGUGUUGACGUUCCUGCUGCUGCAGUUGAUGGUUCUGCUACUGCCGAUGUUGUCUCUGCUGCUGCCAAUGUUGUCUCUGCUAUUGCCGAUGUUGUCUCUGCUGCUGCCCAUGUUGUCUCUGCUGCUGUCGAUGUUGUCUCUGCUGCUGCCGAUGUUGUCUCUGCUACUGCCGAUGUUGUUUGA